UGUACCAGUCCACCCUAUAUCCCCAAAGUGGACUCUUCCACCCGUAAUGCAUCAGGCAAGAUGGCGGCCUCCAAGGAAGAAAAAAUCCGCGAGAUGAUUGAAAAGAUGGAUAAAGAGCUUGACGAGUGGAUGGAAUCUCGCCCCAAAAGAAAACCUGAUAAAGAUGCAUGGACUGAAGACAACUGGGAGGAGGAAAUGAAGAAACAUCCUGCCUUCUGCUCUGAAGCACCUGAGGAUGUGGACAAUGCAGAGAAGUACCCGGCCUGGGCUGCCCUACAGGCUAUAAAGUAUGAUGAGAAUGACACACCUGAAGAAAAAGCCAUACAGUACAAGGAUGAAGGUAACCAUUACUUCAAGCUGAAGCUGUACAAGAAAGCAACCAUCGCCUACACCAUCGGCCUCCAACAGAAGUGUGAGAAACCUGAGGUUAAUGCCAUCCUACUGACCAAUAGGGCUGCAGCACACUUCCGUCUAGGUAACAACAGGACUGCCCUUGGUGAUGUCACCAAAGCAAAAGAACUAAAGCCUGACCAUGUCAAAGCUUUGAAUCGGGGAGCCUUGUGUUGUAUGGAGUUGAAGCUGUUUGCUGAUGCUGUGUCGUGGUGUGAUGAACUCCUCAGAUUGACUCCAGAGGACAAGACCAUCCAGCAGCUUAGAGCAAAGGCAGAUAAACUGAAGAGAAGUCAAGAGAAGGACAGGAGAAAAGCUCAAGCACAGGAGAAAAAGCAAAAAGCUCAACACAAUAGACUGCUUCAAGCUAUUAAGUCUCGAGGCAUCCGGCUCCAGAUGCCAGACAGCCCUGACUCCAGUGACGAGGACGAUGUGGCAGAAUCCAUGGACAGGCUUCAGCUGGCCAGCCUGGAGGCUUCCUUCCCCAGCACUGGGGCAAAGGUGUGCUUAGAUGAGAAUGACUGUUUGGUGUGGCCUGUGAUGUUUAUGUACCCAGAAUACAUGGAGACGGAUUUUAUUCAGGAGUUCCACGAGGAGUCAAGACUAGCUGAUCAUCUUGAUGCGAUGUUUGGAAGUGAGCAAGCACCGUGGGAUGUGGAAGGAAAAUAUAAACCUGACAAUAUUGAGGUGUACUUUGAGGAAACAUCGAAAAGUAAACUUCACAAGGUGACCCCUGAGAUGAUGCUAAAGGACAUUCUUUCAGAUCCAAGGUACAGAGUCCUUGCUGGCACGCCGUCCUUCAUACUCCUCCCCAAGGCCUGCAGGUUUACAGAGGAGUACCUCAGGAAAGCUACGGCUGCUGCUGUCAGCUGAUCAACAUUGGACUUUA